AUGGCCGAAGUCGGCGAGGACAGCGGCGCCCGCGCCCUGCUGGCGCUGCGCUCGGCGCCCUGCAGCCCCGUGCUGUGCGCCGCGGCCGCCGCCGCCGCCUUCCCCGCGGCCGCCGCCCCGCCGCCGCCGCCCGGGCCGCCCGCCGCGCCGCCGCCGCCGCCGCCCGGGCCUCCGCCCGCCGCGCCCCCGCCGCCCGGGCCGCCGCCGCCGCCGCCGCUGCCGCCGGGCGCGAUCGCGGGCCCGGGCUCGGACGGGGGCGCGGGCGCGGCGCCGGCGCUGGUGGCCGCGGCGGCCGCGUCGGUGCGGCAGAGCCCCGGGCCGGCGCUGGCGCGGCUCGAGGGCCGCGAGUUCGAGUUCCUCAUGCGGCAGCCGAGCGUCACCAUCGGCCGCAACUCGUCGCAGGGCUCGGUGGACCUCAGCAUGGGCCUGUCGAGCUUCAUCUCGCGGCGCCACCUGCAGCUCACCUUCCAGGAGCCGCACUUCUACCUGCGCUGCCUGGGCAAGAACGGCGUCUUCGUGGACGGUGCCUUCCAGCGGCGCGGCGCGCCCGCCCUGCAGCUGCCCAAGCAGUGCACUUUCCGCUUCCCCAGCACAGCGAUAAAGAUCCAGUUCACGUCUCUGUACCACAAGGAGGAGGCCCCGGCGUCGCCCCUUCGGCCACUGUACCCCCAGAUCUCCCCACUCAAGAUCCACAUCCCGGAGCCGGAUCUCCGGAACAUGGUCAGCCCCAUCCCCUCCCCGACCGGCACCAUCAGUGUCCCCAACUCCUGCCCAGCCAGCCCGCGUGGAGCAGGCUCCUCUGGCUACCGCUUCGUCCAGAAUGUGACCUCGGACCUGCAGCUGGCCGCUGAGUUUGCUGCGAAGGCCGCCUCGGAGCAGCAGGCGGACACGUCCGGAGGAGACAGCCCCAAGGACGAGUCGAAGCCGCCCUACUCGUACGCACAGCUGAUAGUGCAAGCCAUCUCCUCGGCGCAGGACAGGCAGCUCACGCUGAGCGGCAUCUACGCGCAUAUCACCAAACACUACCCGUACUACCGCACUGCCGACAAGGGCUGGCAGAAUUCCAUCCGCCACAACCUGUCGCUGAAUCGCUACUUCAUCAAGGUGCCCCGCUCCCAGGAGGAGCCGGGCAAGGGCUCUUUCUGGCGGAUCGACCCGGCCUCCGAGGCCAAGCUGGUGGAGCAGGCGUUCCGGAAGCGGCGGCAGCGGGGCGUGUCCUGCUUCCGCACCCCCUUCGGGCCCCUGUCCUCCAGGAGCGCUCCGGCCUCGCCCACACACCCCGGGCUCAUGUCCCCUCGUUCCAGUGGCCUGCAGACGCCAGAGUGCCUGUCUCGGGAGGGCUCGCCCGUCCCACACGACCCUGACCUUGGGUCAAAGUCAGCCUCCGUCCCUGAGUACCGCUAUUCCCAGAGCGCACCCGGCUCCCCCGUCAGCGCCCAGCCAGUGGUCAUGGCCGUGCCCCCCCGCCCGUCCAACCUGGUGGCCAAACCUGUGGCCUACAUGCCAGCCUCCCUGGUGGCCUCGCAGCAGCCCUCGGGCCACGCAAUCCACGUGGUGCAGCAGGCCCCCACGGUCACCAUGGUCAGGGUGGUCACCACUGCCGCCAGCUCUGCCAAUGGUUACAUCCUGGCCAGCCAGGGCUCUGCCGGCGGCCCCCACGACACGCCAGGCACCACGGUGCUGGACCUGGGCGGGGAAGCCAGAGGCUUGGAAGAAAAACCCACUAUUGCGUUUGCCACAAUCCCUGCGGCUAGCCGGGUCAUCCAGACGGUGGCCAGCCAGAUGGCACCUGGGGUCCCUGGCCAUACGGUCACCAUCCUGCAGCCGGCCACCCCCGUGACCAUCGGACAGCACCACCUCCCCGUCCGCGCCGUCACUCAGAACGGGAAACACGCCGUGCCCAGCAGCUUAGGCAGCAGCGCUUACGCCCUCACCAGCCCCCUGCAGCUGCUCGCAGCUCAGGCGAGUUCGUCCACGCCAGUGGUGGUGACCCGGGUGUGCGAGGUGGGGCCCGAGGAGCCGGCAGCAGCGGGCACGGCCACUGUCACGGCCACCAGCACCCCAGCCACCAGCACCAGCGCCUCUGCCUCUCCCACCGGGGAGCCCGAGGUCAAGAGGUCCCGGGUGGAGGAGCCCAGCGGAACUGCGGGCACCCAGGCAGGGGGCAGCACGGCCGCCAGCCCCCCGGGCCCCAGCACUGGCGAGUGACAGCACGGCCCGUGGAGUGGGACUCAGGCCAGCCCGACCCUACGAACGGCUGCACAGGGACCGAGCAGGAGGAGGAGAAGGCUCGGCCGCUGCCCACCCGCGGCCCAGGCCACACCGACAGCUGGCCGCUCGGCCCGGCACGCCAGCCCUGCCCGCCCCCUCCCGUCCUCCCGCGGUUCCGACAAACACAUAAACGCGUUCACACCCUGACCGUGUGCCCUGGGAUUCUUUGCUCUCCCUCUGCCGUGGCGCCACCUCGCUCUGGGCCCAGGCCAGCUGUGGAGAGGGCAGCCGCCUGGGCCCUGAGGACAGGAUGGAACCGCAGUGUGCCGUGGACCAGGAGGAAGACGAGGGACGGCCCCUGCGGGGUGGGCUCGGAGCGGCGGGACUCACCCAGGCUGCCGGCGGCUCCCCAGAGCAGCGGAGAAGGCAUUGUCCAUCGGGGUGGGGAGAGGUCCGGCUUAGCUUGGACACGGAAUACAGGCUCGAUCUGAACCUUGAAGCGACGUCAAGGUCAGGUGUUCUGAGGUUUCCUUCCGUAGAGGGUCGGCAGGUGCAGCCACUCGGUCAACGCUGAGCGCAGGGCAGCCUCCCACGUGGCAAGGGAGGUCGGCGGCAGCUCAGGCUGCGCCUUUCCGGUUCCAUGGCCGUCUCCGUGCAGCGGGAGGUGCUGCUUCAGCCUCGAGCGCCAGGGCCUGGGUCGGUCAGCGGGAAGAAAACCACUCCUCCGCCCGUGCCCAGUCGCCUGGGUCUGUCUGAAGACAUGUGAGGACCGAAGAUGGGAGCUGAGACAUCCCCAUGGACCACAGCUGGAAGGGACGCAGCCUCUGACCCCUGCUGGGCCCCCCCCCCCACGUCAUCCCCGCAGCUCCCGCGGCCCUCUGGGGGAGCAGGUGCAGGGAGCUGGGCGGGCUGCCCACAGCCUGUCCCUGGCUCUUCCAGGACCCCUUUCUGUGCUGCGUGUAGGAAUGCACUGUGCUGGCCCGUUCCGCCUGCUCCCGUCGGGGGGCGCUGUCCUGGCCUCCACUCUGAGGCUGAUGGGAGGGGCUCCCGCCAGGUGCAGGAGUGGAGGUGCAGGGAGCGAGGCCUGGGGCUGCCCAGGGAUGGGGUACAGAGCAGCUCCUGCCCCCAGGCUCGGCUCAGGCUGCCCGCCUCCCUGGGCAGGUGGGCUUCUCGGGGCUUAGAGUUCAGCCGGGUUGUGUCUGUCGCACGCCUGCUUGGGCAGGAGCUUGGCCUGGGACUAGCCAGGGGCCCAGUGUCCACCAGGGCCCCUCCAGGGAACACGGGCCGGGCAUUCAGGGUUGGUGGGCAGUGGGAGAAGAGCUGUUUGUCCGGUGCAGCAGCGUCUGCGUGACCUCCUGGGCACGCGCCUCCCGGAGCCCUGGAAGGACUUGGCAUGGACUGCGGGAUUGUUUUGCAUCCACGUAAACGGACCUUGCAGUUCCACUCUGCACUACAGCACGAGGACCGAACACUGCUGGCCGCCAGGGUGCCAGGCGAUGGGGUCGGGUGCCCUGUGCCAGCCUGGGGCCUGGGAGUACACUUCCUGCUCAGGAGAGGACCCUACUUAGCAGGUACAGGAAGUGAGUCAGGGCGCGCCUCCCGCCACCCCUGGCAUGUCCCAGGCCCCAGGCAGGACUUGGGUUUUCCUCCAGUACCAAAAGCUGCUACCCCUGGUGAGCCACCGGGCGCCUUGGGGUUGGGUGCCCGGAGAUGCCGUCCUGCCCCCAGCUGCUCACUGCCCCAGCCCCCAGCCGUGGAGUCCCAGCUGCGGUAACGCACUGGUUCCUCUGCACGGGGUUUCAGACUCAUUCCACAGACGGCAGGGAGAAAAGUCACUGCUCCUUUCCUGAGGUGGCCGAGGGGGCGCCUCCUGGGCAUGCAUGGCGGGAUGGGUGUCCCCGGCCAGCCCGAGCAGGUGGCAGGAGUUCCCUCUGCCUCCCCACGUGCUGGGCGAGUGCUCAACGUGCUUCCACAUACGGACCUUGCCGUGCCCAGCAGCAGCCUCGCUUCCAGCCACCUCCCUGGAGCCGUGGGACCUCCAGCUCAUUCACCUGCUGCUGCCCGUUUGAGCAGUCUGGGUACCUCCCUCUCCUCGGGAGUCUUGUUCUGGAGUGGUUUGUGUGGGGGGACUGGCUCUGCCCGGGCCCAGUGACAGACUGACAGGUGAGCCUGCUGGCUCAGCGGCCGUGGUGCUGAUUCCUCAGCCCACAGACAGAUGCGGGCAGCCAAAAGGAAACUUGUUUCUUGGUUGGGUCUUAUCCUGUCCCUGCCGCCGUGGGCAGCUAGCUUCACCGCGGAGAGCCCACGCGGGCUGCGGGGUGCAGGGUGGGAGGGAGCGUUGAUUGUCUUGUAAUAAUGAAUCCCAGGUGUGUGUGGGUGUGUGCACGCGCAAGGAAGUGGGUGAGCACGUCUUCUACAGUGACUGAAGUAUUUUCGCAAUAUGUCCAGUACCCAGCGCUUUACAAGGUGGCACCGUGCUGCCAGGCGGGCACUUCGGUCUGCAGGCUGGCAGCCUGGGGCAGGGCCCACGUGGGCGCCCGGGAAUGAGCCAGCCCGGGACCGAAGCCUUCUUUUAUUCAGUGGGGUACAGUGUUUUGUUUUUAUAAGGAGCCAUACCUUUUUUUUUUAAUGUUUGAGAUCUGAAUGAUUUCUAAUUGUAUCAGAUGUUAAUGUUUUAAAGCUAUUACAAAGUUGAAAAUUUCUGCCUUUUUGAGUUUUAUUUUUUUUCAUUUGUUGUAACUGUUUUAUCUAUUGUUGGAUGUGGAUGGGGAAAUUUUGUUUCUCCUCUUAGCAUUUUUCUCUAUAACCAGAAAUAAAAUGAUCUAUGAAGUCCCCCUC